UCAGAGUGUGUAAUUGUGGACAAGGCCAUUGACCCAUGAUGACAGCCCACAAAAUAAUGCAAUAUCAGACUAAAUUGUUAGGAGUUGGCCCAGUACUGGAGAAACACAUGCAGGAUGAUAGCAAUGGGACCAAGAGACAUGAUAACAAACAUCAUCAGAGAUCAACCACAAUACUUAACUUCAUAUCAUGAGCUCGCGUCACCAACUCUUGAAAAGUGGUACAGGUAGCAAACAUGUAAGGCCAAAAUUGUUCACGGGUUUGAUUCCUAUUAUAAUGCAUUCAAUUGUCAUGUUCGUUACAAAAUAGAGAACCUAAUUUCAUUUCUUUAAUAGUAAUUAUAAAAAACUUUGCAAAAUAAAGGAGCAUGUCAUUUUACUUCUUGAUCAUGAAUAAAGCAUUUACCGUCCUCCUUGAUUUAUAGUUAUACAAAAAUUUAUAACUUGUUUCAGGUUAUAAUUUUUUUUAAGACAAAUGGAGUAGAUCAGACAUGUCAUUUAGUUCUUGAUCAUCAAUUAAGCAUCUACUGACCUACAUUAGUGCUACCAUGUUUUCAAAUCUAUAAGAUAACUUAUAGUUACACAAAUAUUUGUAAUUUAAAUAUUUAGUUAAACACCGCUACUUAAAUUAAAAGAGAGGCAGUACAUCAAACUGAAGGCAUCAUAAAUAAUUCAAUAUUUCGAAAUUAGCUUUCCACUCAAAUAAUGUGAUUACUACUGCAUUCUGGCAUCAUAAACUACAGGCUUCUUGUCAUUUUCUUUACUUCAUAUUUUAUGAAAAGAAAUGUUAGGUAACUUUUGUACUAUAAAUGUUAGAAAUAGUGUAAAAAAAAUUUCUAAUAUUCCAAGGAUCAUUUUCCAAAAACAUUCCAAAGUUAAUAAAAUAAAUAGUAUUCAGUCAUGUGAUUGGUCACGGAGAUACUUAGGAUAUAGACAUAUUGUUGGAUAUCUCAUAUGUAUCCUGUGUUACAUGAAAUUUAAUUUUCUGUUGACACUUUGAGGCAUUUUAUUUAUUGAAAUUUAGUACUAAGGCUUUUUCAAAUUUCUCUACUAUUAUUUUGGUCUGUUGAGAGAAAAAUGAAGUGCCAAUACUUGUUUUUACUCAUCAUUGGACUCUUUCUCAGCAUACUUCCCUCCUUUGCUUCUUAUGAGGAACCAAUUUAUGAUCACUCUGCAUAUACUGAGUGUAAAUCAGUGCCAGAAGACGCACUUUACAAUGGUGGGAUAAUGAAGGAUUAUAGGACAAAUGAAAAUAAAGUCAUUCGAUCAGAAACUAAUUCGUAUAACUUUGUUCUCAACAAUCUCUCUGGUGAUACCAUCUAUAGCUUUUCCAGUUGGAUCAGGAUACUUGAUGCAGAUUCAGCAGUGAUGAAGGCAAGCUUGAAAACAGAUGAUGGAACAGUUAAGUGUGUAGGAAAUGUGAUUGCUAGGGCUGGUUGCUGGUCAUUUUUAAAGGGUGGAUUUGUGCUUGAUUUGCCUUCCUCAUAUGGUCUACUUUAUCUCCAGAGAUCAGAUGGAGAAAAGUUAAAUAUCUCGAUUUCUAGUGUUUCGUUGCAGCCAUUUACUUAUCAACAAUGGAAGAAAAACCAACAAGACGCUAUCGAUAAAGGAAGAAAAUGCACCGCGAUUAUUCAUAUUUCAGACGUGCAAGGAGAAAGAGUGCCUGGAGCUUCAAUCAUAAUAGAGCAACUAUCUAGAGAUUUUCCAUUUGGUUCUGCUAUCACAAAGACAAUUCUUGGAAAUCCAGCAUAUCAGACAUGGUUUAAAGAGAGAUACAAUGCCGCAGUUUUUGAAGAUGAACUGAAGUGGUAUUCAACAGAAAAUCAACAAGGAGUAGUGAACUAUACAAUACCUGAUCAGAUGCUGGAAUUUGUCCGAAAGAACCAAAUCAUUACCAGAGGCCACAACAUAUUUUGGGAGGAUCCGAGAUACAUUCCUUCAUGGGUUCGGAACCUGACUGGUCCAGACCUUAAAUCAGCUGUAACCUCCAGGAUACAGAGUUUGAUGAACAAAUACAAGAAUGAAUUCAUUCAUUGGGAUGUCGAUAACGAGAUGCUUCAUUAUGAUUUCUAUGAACAAAGACUUGGCAUCAACACAAGUCUUGAGUUUUUUCAAACAGCACAACAGUUAGACCCUUUAGCCAAAUUGUUUAUGAAUGACUAUAAUGUUGUAGAAACUUGCUAUGACAUGAAUUCAACAGUUGAUGCAUACAUUUCCAAGUUGAGAGAUUUAAAACAAGGUGGAAUAUUCAUGGAUGGAAUUGGCCUAGAAGGACAUUUUACAGUACCAAAUCCUCCACUUAUCAGAGCAGUGUUAGACAAAUUGGCUACACUUAAACUUCCUAUAUGGCUUACAGAAGUUGAUAUCAGCAAGAAUCUUGAUAAAGAAACUCAGGCUAGAUAUCUAGAGAUGGUUUUGAGAGAGGGAUUUUCACAUCCAGGUGUAAAUGGAAUCAUGCUUUGGACAGGAUUACAUUCUAAUGGAUGUUACCAAAUGUGUUUAACAGAUAACGAUUUUCAUAACCUACCUGCUGGGGACAUAGUUGAUAAUUUGCUGAAAGAAUGGCAAACUGGUGUGGUGCAUGGUGAAACUGAUGAGCAUGGUUCAUUUAGCUUUUCUGGUUUUUUAGGCGAGUAUAAAAUUAAUGUCAAAUCUGGAAACAGAACAACUAAUUCAACAUUCUCGUUAUACAGAGGAGAUGACACCAGGCAUUUGAAUAUUCAUUUGUAAUGAUGUUACUCAGAUGAGUAAUGUUUGCACGCGCUUUAACUAUUUCAAUAGAUAUAUUAGAUGUUUCUCGAGAAUAUAACACUAUUAAUAUAUGGGUAUUCUUUAAGAUA